GUGUUUCCUUUAAUGCUGACUGUAGCUGAUCUCUGUAGCAGUUCGCAGUGUGAACAUUCCAUCAACAACAUCAAAGAGGCUUAUGACAAAAUCAGACAGUUGUUUGAAGACCAGAAUAUUGACUCCUCCCACAGUGAUAAUUUAAAUUACGUUCCUGGCUCAUUGACUGGUGUCAAAAUAGAUCACUGCAAACCAGGGUUUGGGAAAAACAUAAGCACCAUAGACAAUAAUACAGCGUGCCAAGGAUGUUGCGUGACAUGCCCACCAGGUAGAUUCAGUGCAAAACAUGAUACUGUCUGUGUUCCGUGUGCCGCUGGAUCUUACAAUGACAAGUAUGGCCAAGCCGCAUGUGAAAAUUGUCCAAAGGCACAAAGUAGCGAUGGAGAAGGUGCCCAGAUGGAAAGGAACUGCCACAGAAUUCUGCCAAUGUGGAUGGCUUUUUCAAUAUCAUCUGCAUCAACUAGCCUUCUCUUAGUGACAAUUUGGGUGGUCUCAACUCAAUGCUGCAAAAGAACAGCAGCAGCCCAGUAUGUCGGAGAAGCAGAAUCCGGACUGAAAAAGAGGGUGCAGAACUUUGCAAACAUUGCCAGUGACGCAGACAUCCAGGAGCAAAGAAAUAAACUGAGUCCCAUCAAACUGCAGAGGAAAAAUCAGCCCAAGUACAAAGUUGACUUUCUGGAAGAGGAAUCCGUGGGGUUACUAAGCAACGAUGACGUGACAGAGCCCUCCACAUCUGCUGGUGUCAGUCCAUCUCCUGAAGUGACAGGACCAAGCGAAUUAGAAAGCAGCUUCGAAGACCAGUCACCAGACACUUUGCAAAAAGAUUUCAGUCCAAAUGAUCUCCCACCCAAUCAGCAGAAAUUUGCGAGCAUAAUGAAGGAGAAACGGCCCUAGCCGUUGUGAAUUAGGCUCUGCUUAGUCAGGGGGCAGAGAAAGAAUUGUGUCCUAAAGAGUACUACGUGACAGGUGAAAUACAAGUUGACGCUGCCAGAUCGGAUAUGACAAAGAUCAUGAAUGCUUAUCAGUCUGUAAAAGGUAGAUUCUGCAUCAUCUGGACUGGAGAUGUGGGAAGAAAGGGGGUUUAAUCCCUUCACCCCUGCUCAGUUUCAGUAAUCAAAGCUUGGUUCACUACGCUUUUAUUGGUAAACUCUAGCGAGAAAGGUGGGUUUUUAAAAAAUGCAUCUUUUCCCCUUAAAAUGCGAAUACCAUUUCUGAUUAGUGAAACUGAGCAGAAGUCAAAAUGUUUAAUGCUCCCUUGUGGCCCCAAAUCGUAUCGGGGCUGCACAAGCACAUUUUACUGUUUCUAAAGAUCUGUGAUCAUCAUUAUUUCUGUUUUGGCUUUGAGUGUUUACACACAUCAGGCUCUCCGAGAACUCACAUUUGGAGCGCUGCUACUGCCUAAACAUUCUUUGCAUUAAAAUACACUGGUUGCAUACGGUUGAAAAUUGUGGAACUAAACUGCUUUAAAAGAUGGCUGAAAACCAUAGAAGAACCAAUGAUAAACUAGGGCAAUGUUGAUGUUUUAGAAGUAUUGUUUUCAAAAUGAAAAAUAUGUAUGCAACUUAGGGGGCAAUGGUCUGUACAUGUUUGUAAGUUUAGGAGUAACUGAAAAGGGCAUCAGUGUUUUUAUUCAGAAUUAGCUGGUAGGUUAAUGUGAGGAAAGGUGAUCCUUUAAAUACUGUAGUUCUGGAACGUGAGUGAAGUACUUUAUACUAAUAGAAGCCAGCACUUUGAAUCGUGCCCAGAAAGAAACUGGCAGGCAGUGAGGAUGUGUUAAAGCUGACAAGAUUCCUUAAAUCUAAUAGCCAAACAUCUAUGCAGAAGCUUCAUAAUGAAACUGAGCAGGUGGUAUAGAUGACAGGAAGGUGGUAGGAAAGGAACAGAUGCAGCCUGAGCCGGGGAGGGGGAGAAAAACUAGCAAGUGAAGGAAAAACACAACAGGGCCAGAGAAGGAGUUCCCCCCCCUGCAGGUCCCGGUCUUUGGAUUGCCAACACUCAGACCAGGCAGGAAUUUCACCACUGCACGCCCGCCCAGCUGAAUCUGCCGCAAAACCUCCGACUGCAGCUACUGAGAGUACAUCGCAGUAGCCCAACUUGGAUGUGAUCUGUGCCUGGAUAACAGUGGCCACACCAUGCCUGUAGCCUACAGCUGCUCCACUAGCUCAGGCUUGAAGAAAGCAUCCAGAGGGCUGCACUCCCCGUCUCUCUCCGUGAAGGUCGUCUUUCAGGGUUACAAAGGCAGUCCCCAAACUGAGUCUCAAGCUGGGCUGAAAUGGGCCCAGUGAAUCCGUCGAACCCAAAGAAGCAGAGGUCCCAGUAGCCGUUUGUUCCGGUGCCUUAUCAAAGCAUCAGCAGUUACUUAAAGCUUGAAGGUCGAGAGCUGCGUUUCAUGACCAGUUCCUUCUGAACAACUGGCAUCGUCCACUCCUUCAACAAAGGACAGUCUUCAUGCCAAACUCAGCCAGACCAUUCUUUCUAUCUAAACAUAGGAAGCCAUGCGGGGCAAAGGAUGAACACGGCGGGCGUGUAUGCGUGUGCACUUGGAGUAGCUUGCCCGCAUCUUAGGCCUCAAGAACUGAAACUCAUCCAUGUCAUUUUGAUGAGAGUGUGUUUUGAUGCCACUCUGAGAUGGGAAACAUAAAAUGGCAUUGUAACACAGACUGGCUAUUCAAAGUUCUGCUGAGCGUUCUCCAGCUUUACCUUGAAAUUGUCCUAUUUCCCAGCCUAAUUAAUUACUUCCGGUACUCUCAGUCAACUACAGUGUUCGUUACUGUAAUAAGCAGGGUUUUUUUAAAAAAAGAAAUUAAACGGCCAAGGGCUUUGGCUACAAAGUUACCCAUGGCUUAAGGAAUGCCUUGGCUGGACACAAGAACAGGAAAUAAUUACAUUGAGUGAAGGAAAAGAAGAAACUGUAAAGAGAUAGCAGCACUUGGAAAUCCCAGUAGCACCUUGACUAUGUAGACUGAACAGAACCGCAAUUGUGUUAACUUUUUAAAAAAAUAGUCACAAAUCAGGUCUGAAAAAACGGCAGCAGGACAACAUGAGAAACAACGGACUGCAAUGGGUUGCCCCAAUGUCUGGAUUCUCCAUUAGAACUGCAUGACAGGAUGUGGCAGGGGCCAUCAACGUGGCUACUAUGAAAGCAAGAAAGUGAGGUGUUACUGACCUUAAAUUUAAAAUUUGUUAAAUAUGUGCGCCAUUUAAUACAUCUGAUCUGAUAAAGUUUCCAGUAUAAAUAUAUUAAGGACCCGUGAGAAAAUAAAAACAUUUUUAUUAAAAUAAAA